AUGGCGAGACCACGUGGGCUGAUGGAGCUCUUCAAGUUUGCCUGCUAUGUUGGCAUCCCUAUCUCCAUGAUGGUGGUCUUUGCGAACAACCCCGACAAUCUCGAGAAGAUCAUCCGCAAUCGUCAGUAUGUUGUGUACCCUCCCGAGGGCCCCCGGCCCCCCUCCGGAGACGAGAUGGCUGAAAUUGUGAAGAAGAACCGGGACGCGCAUAAGGACAAGCCAUGA